CGAGCGAGAGGAGGAGGAGGAGGAGGUGGACAGAGCGAGAGAGGGGCGGAAUGCCCCUUUACAAGCGUCGCAUCUGACUAAAACAGCGGAGGAGCUCGUAAAUCGGAAAUUGGAGCGAGAGGGAGACACUGGUUUCUGCAGCGCCAAGGUCAUGCUGGAGAGCUUCAAAAGAGUCUCCAAGAAUCUGACGGCGACUUCCGAUCCAUGCCGAUGUGUUGGAGGGGCAGCGGACGCAGAUGUAUCCCACCGUUUACUGCCGGAGCUAGAUGACUAAGAGCUCAACUCUGUUUCCAGCUUACAGUGAAGACAAAAAGCCACUUGUCUGUAGGCUCCCGUUUCUGGUCUUGGAAACAUUAGGAAAAUAACAAGCUAAAGGUCAUGCAUGCACUGCAGGCAUAAUUCUGCAUUCCUCAGCCAAAUCUAUUUGUAAAGAAAAUUUUACAUGUAGAGUGUCUCCGCUCGGGCUUGCAAAUUCAACAUGGCCGAGAACACCGAGCGUCAAGUUCAAUAAAGGGAAAGUGAGAGGGGUGGGUGUCGCUCAGUCAUACAUGGGCACAUCAGUCUGGGCUCUGUGAUCCAGACCAAGACACCCUGAAGAGCCCCUCCUGUCCUGCCCCCUCUGCUUCAUCGGCCUCCUCUUUCUCAGUCCACACCUUGUGAAAGGUGGACGGGCCGACACUCUGCUUUCCUGAGCGCCGUCCGAUAGGUGAGGGCGGCGAGGGCUGCGCUGUCAUUGGCUGACUGCUGGUGAGAGUGCGAUGCGGAUUGGAGGAUGUCGGGGGACUGGGAUGAAGACCUGUGUAAGAAGGCGCUGGUGUUGGUGGAGGAGCUGUGCUUCAACUCCCCGAGAGGCUACAGCCAGAGUGAACGCUGCCAGGAGUUCAGCUACCUGCUGAGAGGUCGCAACAGACAGCUGGACACAGAGAUCUCUGUCAGUCUGCUGUCGGUCAUCGUGACAUUCUGUGGCAUCGUCCUCCUCUCCGUCUCCCUCUUUGUCUCCUGGAAGCUCUGCUGGCUGCCAUGGCGGGACAAGGAGGGCGGAGGCCUGAGCCUGACAUCGGGGCUGCUGCCCGGAAGCGCCGGCGUCGGAAGCCUCGGAGGCACCGGCGGGUCGUCGCUCUUACCCCCGCUGCUGCAGAGGAAGGAGGGCCACUCCUCAUCCUCGCUCUACCCCUCCCUGGGCCAUCAGGGCCAGCACCACCCCCAUUUCUCUGACCUGGUGGGGCUGGAGAGGGGAGAGGUCGGAGGUGUGAUCGGGGGACCACAAGAAACCCAGGAGCACUCGUACCUGGAUAUGGACUCCUACCCCAACAAUGCUGGAACUCUGAAGCUGAGUCAGACGUCUCCAGAUGUCCCCAACUCAGAGGUUGGAGCCCAGCCCCAUAAAGACCUGCCCAACGCUCACUCCCAGCAGCAGGUCACCUCACGGCCCAAGCCCAUGACUCACCAGCUCUCUAGUCCUGAUUUCCAUGCUGAGGAGAAGGAGCAGGUAACCAGCAUCGGGCAGAUCAAACCGGAGCUCUACAGACCCAAGGGCGACCAGGGCGAAGGCAAACAGGGCGACACCUGCGGCAAGAUCAGCUUCCUCCUGCGCUACGCCUUCAACACGGAGCAGUUGGUGGUGAAGAUCCUGAAAGCUCUGGACCUGCCAGCGAAGGAUGCCAACGGCUUCUCCGACCCGUACGUGAAGAUCUACCUACUGCCAGACAGGAAGAAGAAAUUCCAGACCAAGGUCCACAGAAAGACCUUAAACCCAGUGUUCAACGAGACGUUUCAGUUCGGCGUGCCGCUGAAUGAGCUACAUUCCAGGAAGCUGCAUUUCUCCGUGUACGACUUCGACCGCUUCUCCAGACACGACCUGAUCGGCCAGGUAGUGGUGGACAACCUGCUGGACUUCAGCGAGGGCAGCGGGGACAAACCCGUCUGGAGGGACAUCGUGGAGGGCACCGCGGAGAAGGCUGAUCUCGGGGAGCUUAAUUUCUCGCUGUGUUACCUGCCCACUGCAGGCAGACUCACUGCUACAAUCAUCAAGGCCACCAACCUCAAAGCCAUGGACCUGACUGGCUUCUCAGACCCGUACGUGAAGGCCUCUCUGAUCUGUGACGGGCGAAGGCUAAAAAAGAGGAAGACCUCUAUUAAGAAGAACACACUGAACCCCACGUACAAUGAGGCGCUGGUGUUCGACAUUCCCAAUGAAAACAUAGAGAGUGUCUCCAUCAUCAUCGCAGUGAUGGACUACGACUGUAUCGGUCAUAACGAGGUUAUAGGGAUGUGUCGUGUGGGCAGCGAGGCUGAAGGUCCAGGGAGGGAGCACUGGGCAGCCAUGCUGGCCAAUCCACGCAAACCAAUAGAGCACUGGCAUCAGCUUGUGGAGGAAAAAGCAAUUGGUACAUUCGUGUCGAAGAGCGCUCCAGCAUCCUCCCCUAAGCCGCACAUCGUGGUGGACAGUCCUCACUCCGAUUAAAGCUGUGAGCCUCUCCUGCUUUAGAUCUCACACAUAAUUAUUCAUUUUUUAAUCUCAUCAGCAUGCUUUCACACGUACUGGAGGACUGCUUUCUAGGCUACUGGAAAGUGUAUCAUUAUUCCACACGCCUUCCAAUAUGUCCUUGAUUUCUGCCUGUAAACAGGAAUUACUGUACUCUUAAAGUACAUCCACGUACUGCGCUGCAGACGCUCGCAAGUCAGAUUUACACAGAGAAGCGUUCGAGUCUUUAAAAGCAUGACCUAACUGUGAGCGUGUGAUAAAGUGGAGGCUGUGGAGCUGUCAGAAGUAGGAGCUCUAAGGCAGAAGCAUCUGUAUAAUCUAGAUGUUAUGGGUUAUGUAAUGCAUCUCCCCCUCCUCCCCCCCAAACUUACAGUACUGCAUACUGUUUAUAUAUUCUCUCGCCCCCCUACUGUCUCUCUUGCUUAAUCUGCCUCUUCUCCCUUAUUCCCUCUUUCCUCAGGUCAUUAUCAUCUCUCCAGCUCCAGACUUUCCUUUCUCUCCUCUCAUCUGUGAAUAAUUCUCUCCAUCAAAGAAAGAGAGACGCGGAGACAUUGCUAGUGUCCAACUGCUAGUGCUGUUUUGCUCCUGCUAAUGAAUCCUCCAAGCCCUGCGCUGU